GGGGAUAAACAUAAUUUCAGAAACCUUUUCUGCCUUAAUUACAAACCAGUUUCUAUGUUUUGUUUGUUUGGGGGGUUUUUUGACCAUGAAAGACAAGCCAGUUAACUUAAGAGGAAAGAUGAUCAUUACUCUGCUUUUUAUUUAACAAAACACGUUUCCUAUAGUGAGUUUUGAAUAGCAUAGAUUAGUUUAAACCUGAUACAAUUAAUAUAAAUUAGUAAAAUGUUCCUAAAAAUCAAGAUAAUUUUGAUAAGCAUUCCAUUAUUGGUUGUAGUUUAAUACAUUUAAGGUUCUAAGUUAGUGAAGCUUUGUUUCUACUCAUCAAUAGAUAACUCACCUAUAUGAAAUACUUAAUUCAUAACACUUUGUUUUAUAAAUUACAUCUACAUCGCACUCAUCUUUGAGCACAGCUGCACGUAUUUUUAAAUUUAGGGGAAACGAAUGAGAGAAAAAUUCUUGGGUAAAACAACAUAACUCAGAACUCAGCUUAACUUACCACUUUUCUUGCACAACACCAAAGUCAAACAUUACAGAAAGUAUCUCUUUAAAAUGUGUUUGACGUGUUGUUAAUGUGUGCUCUAUUUGUACCAGCAAGCGCGAUUUACAGAAAAACUAUGAAGUCAGAAAUAAAUAUGAAAGCUGAAAGUUCAUUAGCAAACCUGACAGUUUAAUUCUCAUCCAACUAGUGGCACAUUUAAUACUGAAAAUCAUCUAUUUGUAAUAAACAGCCCUUGUUUUGUCUUUCAGCCAGAACGCAUGUCUGACAUCAUUCCCAUUGCUAAAUGUGGCUUACAAGACAAGUCACACACAGCCUUUCGUGUUCUAGUUUCAAGUUGUAAAUUCAGUGAGAUUUGUUAAUUGUUGUGCUUAAUGACCAGACUAUCUACUAUUAGCAGUGUGAGAUGUAUUUGAAAAAAAGCAACAGGUUGACACAAAGAGACUGGACGGUUUGUCUGUGCCAGGUGGGAGACGACCUGUGAGAAAUGCAGUGUCCGGGAAAUGCUGGACCUCUUUGCCUGUUUCCAGCAUGCAGGGAGAUUGGUGGGGGAAUUAAAGUGACACAGCGAUAGAAUAAUGUGAAAGUAAAGCAGAGCAGCUCACAAGGGUGAAAUCUUUAAAGGGGGAGUAACCCAUUAAUAGACAAGAGUCACCAAGGCUCAGGGUCUUUGCAGACCUUUCUAUCAACCUAGAGGAAAAUGUGAAGAUGAGAUACAAAAAAAAAAUCACAAAAAACCCCCUAAAAAUCACUGAAUGUUUUUUUUCUUUUCUUGCUCUCCAUUCCUUUGUGAGACACAGAUGGACAAGCAGCUGAUGCAGGAGGCAGAUUUCCUCUCUGCGCACUCAUGCUAGGACCCGAAGGCAUCUUGAAAUAGAAAUUCAGAGGAGGAGGAGGAGGAGGACAGAAAGGAGGGAGAGAGAGUGGAUGGGACAUGAGAGAGAGCACUGCUAUGCCAGGCUCAAUACCUAGCAUGGCUGUACAGAAGAAGCAGAGUGCCGUCCCUCCAUCGCAGGGACCACUUUCUACAUCGACCAUCAAGAGCCAGAGGGUCGGACACAGACCUGAAGGAACACGAGAGAAUGGCUCUUAUUUCAAACCCAGUCCUCCACUGACGAAGAAAACAACCUGUUCUGCCAACAAGUCCGUCCAAAUCUGCAACGCUGCCUUACGAGUUUCUGCAGCUGGUAAUGGGCUGAACGUCGAUGAACGGUUGAAAGCAGCGCGAGAAAGACGAGAGGAGCAGCAGAAGUUGCUCGUCUCCCGGGAGCUGAGCCGACAGGAGCGGGCACAGCGAGCCAGGCGCUACUACGAACAACAACUACAGGAGCGGAGGAAGAAACUCCUGGAGCAAAGGCUUAAGGAGGAGAGGAGGCGAGUAGCCGUGGAGGAGAAACGCAAGCAGAGGCUGCGAGAGGAAAAGGAGCGACAUGAAACUGCCGUGCGCAGGACGAUAGAGAGGAGCCAGAAGGCCCAGCAGCAACUCAGUCAAAGGUCCAGAGGCAGGAAGCCAGUUAAAAACGCUCCACGUCGCCUGCCUCUGACGACGUGGGAGAGGGAUCUGGUCAGUCGCCUCCUCACCCCUACGUGCUCUUAUCUGGCUAGAAGCAAGAGUGCUGCUUGUAGGCCCGGAGAAGAAGUUGUCCAUGUUUGUCGUCGUGCAGCUUCAUGCCAGCCGACGGCUGCCAUCCCACUCUCCGCCAUUAUCAUUCCCAAACUCCGACAUCAGUCAGUUUCAGUCCACCGCAGGCCGCCUGCCUCACCUUCCUCCACCAGCAGCCAGCAACGACACAUCAGCCCCGCACAGAUUAAAAAAGUAAGGCAGGACGCCGUGAAGAAGACCCCCAACGGCGGUUCCGCCAAAAGAUCGUCUGCUGCUGCUGCUGUUAACGGUGCGAAGUCGCCCGCCUCCACUCAGAGCAGAACAGCCUCCCCGUCACCGGAGCGGAGCCCCAGAAGAUCAAUCAGCCGACACUCCACCCUCCUGCACCUCGAGCUCCCAGCUGUUCCCGAGGAAGACGCUGCUGUUUACUUCUCUGCUGGCAACACACGGCCGGUCAGCGCGCCAGAUAAAGGUCAACAACAGACACAAAGGCAGGAAAAUCUCACAGAGACGCCACGUUCAAAGCUGCCUGACACACAGGUAGAGGGCUCCACAGGGUCAGCAGCAGAUGGAACUCCACGGCCUGCAGAGGUCGUGCUUCGUCCUUCAGCUGGCACCUCUGACCCGAAGGAGGCCUCACGACUUCUGGCUGAAAAGAGGAGAGAGGCCCGCAUGCAGCGGGAGAGAGAGGAGCAGGAACGCCUGCAGAGAGAGGAAGCCGAAAGGUGGCGUCGCGAGGAAGAGCAGUGCAGGAGGGCAGAGGAGCAGGCUCGACAGGAGGCCGAGGCCAGGCGUCUCGUAGAGGAGAAGAGGAGGAGGGAGGAGGAGGAGCAGAGAAGAGCUGAAGAGGAGAGAGCCCAGGCAAUGAGGGAGGCCGCCCUUCUGCAGAAGCAGAGAGAGGAGGAACUGGCUAAAGAGCGAGCACGAGCUGAACAAAUGAAGCAAGAGCGAGAGAUCGCUGCACAGAAAGAGGAGGCAGAGCGCCAAGCGAGGAAAAAGCGACUUGAGGAGAUCAUGCGGAGAACCAGAAGAACAGAUUCACCAGAUACGAAAUCUGUAUCGGCGCGGACCCUACCGAAGGAAAACACGCAACCUCCGCACAAUAGGACGAUAGAGGACGCCGCCAAGAUGCCGGUGGGGACUAAAACCGCUCAGCUGGGGUUGGGCAACGAGGACGAUGUGGUACCUGUGGUGGCCUUCAAGGAGCGCAGAUCCCUCAGAGCGCUUUCCGGCCUGGAGGAAAUCCAGACCAAACAGAGAGCGGAAGUCAUCUGAGGUCGUCGUGAGGCGUCUGCUGUCCGGGGAAGUCGUCAGAAAAAGCUCCUAUUUUUUUCCCCGCACAGCUACAGCACAACCGUCCCGCUUCCUUUCAGCGCCUCGAAGAAGGAGCACGCAAACAUUACAGCUUCGCCUCUCAGCGAGGACAAAACAAACACAAAAAAAACACUCAGCAAAGUUCUUGCGUAAUCAUCUCUUUACAGCAGGGUUGAAAUCAAACAGACUCAAAAUGAGGCGUAGCUGUACUUUCUGCUGUUAGUUUGCUAGUGGAUACAGUU